AUGAGCGCUUGGCGAUACUUCGGAUUUGUGCCACUCAUCCUUCUCGCUGAGGCCACACUCCAUCACGGGUUUCAAGGAGUAGGACGAUCCGCACAGCUCGGAAUAACCACCACGACAACACCUCCAAGCACCGUCUCUUCUGGCAACUCGCAGGAACUCAACAAUGGAACACAGACCGACAGAAGCCUAUCCAAAAGUAUGGAAGAUGAGCUAGGUGUGAUCAAGAAGGAAAUUGGCACCAUCCGUGAGCAAGUGUCUGUCUGGAUGAGUGACCCGUACAAUCAGCGAAUCGUGAUGCCCAUUCUCAUCGGCGUCCUCUCGGCUCUCGUCACAAUGGGAUUGUUCUACUUGGCUCAAAGAUGUUGUCGCAAGUAUCAAAUGCGUCGCCGUCAAUCGCGCGUCAUCAAUCCGAAGGAGAAAGAUGCUGGUGAAUCGCAGAAGCUCAUCUCUGAUGACGAAUUG